CAGAAGUUUGAAACAAUAUUCAAGUGCGAAUUAUUGUAAACUAUAAUGGCAGUUGUUGCAGUGAAAAAGUUGCAAGAGGAAUUGAAAGUUGGUCCGCUUUCGAUCUUACAGGAUUCCGUGUUAAAUAAUACCCAAGUGUUGAUAAACUGUCGCAACAAUAAGAAAAUUUUGGGUAGAAUCAAGAUGUUCGAUAGGCAUAUGAAUAUGGUAUUGGAGAACGUUCGUGAGAUGUGGGUGGAGAACGCUCGCAACGGCAAAGGAAAUAAAUGCAAGAAGAACGUGAACAUGGAUAGAUUCAUUUCGAAGAUGUUCCUCCGCGGAGAUUCCGUAAUUUUGGUGGUAAAGAACACUCCAAAACCAGAGAAUCCUAUUCAAAAAUAGUGUUCAAUGUUACCAACUUUUAU